AUGACAAGAAGUACAAUCAAUGUGAAGGUUGUGGCUGCAGAGUCUCUCUAUAAAAGAGAUGUCUUUCGGCAACCAGACCCAUUCGCAGUUAUAACCAUCGAUGGAGCUCAAACAAAAACAACUAAAACUGCUAAGAAGACUUUGAACCCUUAUUGGAAUGAAAAAUUUGAUGUCACGGCUUCUGAAGAUUCAAUAUUGAUCAUUCAAGUGUUUGAUCAAAAAAAAUUCAAAAAAAAGGAUCAAGGUUUCCUUGGAGUGGUUAACGUUAGAGUUGGAGAUGUUAUUGAUUUAAGUUUACCAAGCUCCGAAGAAACUAUCACCAGAGAUCUUAAGAAAUCAAACGAAAACUUGGCUGUCACGGGUAAAAUUAUUAUUGUCAUAUCUCAUUCGUCAUCAGCUUCAACCAGGAAUGGCACUUCAUCGUUUGGCAAUGGAUCUUCCAAUUCUGCUGCGGCUACUGCCAGACUUUCAUCUUCAUCUACUGGUGUUGUUGGGGGUUCUUCUGCUCCUCCUCCUGGUAUUAAUUCUUCUUCUACAGGUGGUGCUUCCUCUUCCGGUAAUUCCCAAAGACAAUAUUCUUCGUUUGAAGAUCAAUAUGGUAGAUUGCCAACAGGUUGGGAAAGAAGAACAGAUAACUUUGGAAGAACUUAUUUUGUUGAUCAUAAUUCAAGAACAACAACUUGGCAAAGACCUACCUUGGAUCAAACAGAACUGCAAAGAGACCAGCAACGUGAACUGACCACUGAAGCUGAAAGAAGACAACAUCGUGAAAGAACCUUACCCGGAGAUACUCCACUGUCUCCUACUCUUGGUGCUCAAGGAAGUUCUACAUCCGUUACUAGUGGUAGUGUGACUGUUAAUGCACUUGGUCCCAAUCAACCUGUUUCUCCUGCUGCCGCAGUGUCCAUGGCUGCAUCUGGUGCCACAACUAGUGGGUUAGGUGAGUUGCCAUCUGGCUGGGAACAGAGGUUUACUAAUGAAGAUAGACCUUAUUUUGUUGAUCAUAAUACUAGAACAACCACUUGGGUUGAUCCUAGAAGACAACAAUAUAUUCGUACUUAUGGACCCAACACCACUAUUCAACAACAACCAGUGUCACAAUUGGGACCUUUACCAAGUGGUUGGGAAAUGAGAUUGACAAACACUGCAAGAGUUUAUUUUGUUGAUCAUAAUACUAAAACCACAACUUGGGAUGAUCCAAGAUUACCUUCAUCAUUGGAUCAAAAUGUUCCUCAAUAUAAGAGAGACUUUAGAAGAAAGUUGGUUUACUUUAGAUCACAACCUGCAUUGAGAAUUUUACCUGGUCAAUGCCAUAUAAAGGUUAGAAGAGAUCAUAUUUUCGAAGAUUCAUAUCAAGAAAUCAUGAGACAAUCACCUGAAGAUUUGAAAAAGAGAUUGAUGAUUAAAUUUGAAGGUGAAGAAGGUUUGGAUUAUGGUGGAGUUUCAAGAGAGUUUUUCUUUUUACUUUCACAUGAUAUGUUUAAUCCAUUUUAUUGCUUAUUUGAAUAUUCUACCCUUGAUAUUUAUACCUUACAAAUUAAUCCUAAUUCGGGUAUUAAUCCUGAACAUUUGAAUUAUUUCAAGUUUAUUGGUCGUGUUGUUGGAUUAUGUGUUUUCCAUCGGAGAUUUUUGGAUGCUUUCUUUGUUGGAGCAUUAUAUAAGAUGAUGGUUAGAAAGAAGGUUGUUCUUCAAGAUAUGGAAGGUGUUGAUGCUGAAUUUUACAGAUCAUUAAAAUGGAUGUUAGAUAAUGAUAUUUCUGAAGCCUUUAUGGGGACUACAUUCACUGUUGAAGAUGAUAAAUUUGGAGAAAUUGUUGAGAUUGAAUUGAAACCUGGUGGAAAAGAUAUUGAAGUGACUGAACAGAAUAAGCUUGAAUAUGUUGAGUUAAUUACUGAAUGGAAGAUUCAUAAACGGGUGGAGGAACAAUUUAAUGCAUUUAUUGAUGGUUUCAAUGAAUUAAUUCCUGAAGCCUUGGUUAAAGUUUUUGAUGCUCGUGAAUUGGAAUUAUUAAUUGGUGGGUUAGCGACAAUUGAUGUUGAUGAUUGGAAAAAACAUACUGAUUAUAGAGGAUAUUCUGAAAGUGAUCAAGUUAUUCAAUGGUUUUGGCAAUGUCUUAGAGAAUGGGAUCUGGAACAAAAAGCAAGAUUAUUACAAUUUACCACUGGUACUUCAAGAAUCCCUGUUAAUGGAUUUAAAGAUUUACAAGGAUCUGAUGGACCAAGAAGAUUUACUAUUGAAAAAGCUGGAGAACCGGAACAAUUACCUAAAUCUCAUACUUGUUUCAAUAGAGUGGAUUUACCACCUUAUACUAGUUAUGAAAGUUUGAAACAGAAAUUAACUAUGGCUGUGGAAGAAACUGUUGGUUUCGGUCAAGAAUAG